AUGUACCCCUGGCUCCUACCUUACACCCUUGUGCUGUCGUCUUGCGGUGCUUUCGUUCGAGCCCAGUCAUUCAUUCCCUCUGUCAUCCCCCUUGCUGUCCGAUCACCCUACCUGAAUAGCUGGGCGAUUGCGACCAAAUCGUCCCUCCCCUCCACAAACAGCUCUGCUAUUUUCUGGUUCAAUGCCAGACCCACGGACUUGCUGGAAACGGACUGGCUGGGUCGUAUCAUGGUCGAUGGAACAACCUAUCAGUGGUUGGGUAACAGCAGCACAAAUGAAAAUGUCACCGUUGCUCGUCUGGUCAGCACUAAUAUCACACCUACGCGGACUAUCCAAGUCAUCGAGGCGGGCCCCAUGAAUAUGACCAUCACAUUUCUCUCACCCGUGGAACCCUCUGACUGGGUCAAACAAUCUUUAUCAUUUUCAUAUUUAGCUGUCGAGGCCGAAGCGACAGAUGGCGAGGCGCACAGCGUACAAGUUUAUUCUGACAUUGCUGCCCAAUGGGCAUCUCCCAUUCAUACUGACGGUGUGAACUGGACCACGAUGACACCGAGCGACAUUGUGUACCAUCAGUUCCAACUGUCGCAGCCGACAUAUCUUUCAGAGAUGCUGGAGUUCCCUUCGGAUGGUAGCUAUUACUAUGCUAUGUCUCGUGGCGAAAAUGUGACCUACAAGACAUGCUCUCAUACUGUCUGCCGAACUAAUUUUACACGAUACGGUACCCUUGCGAACGUAGAAAAUGAUGUCAAUUUUCGCGCGAUUGACGAUGAUUGGCCUGUUUUUGCCAUGUCUAUCGACCUCGGGGACAUUGUUUCUACCCAGUCAUCUCCCGUUGUGUGGGCCGUAGGGUACAACCACAAUCCGGCCAUCCAAUACACCGUCUCAAAUGACGAAUAUCAGCUACGCAGUCCACUUUUCAUGGCGACCUAUCCAACUAUCGCCGAUGCGAUUGUGGAUUUCCUUUCCGAUUUUUCAGAUGCUCAAUCGAGAGCUAUAGCUCUGGACAAUCGGGUCCAACAGGCGGCCUCGCAAGUGACAGCCGACCAGGGAUACUAUACCCUAUUGUCCCUUUCAACUCGGCAGGCGUUCAGUUCUAUGUCUAUAACAAUCAAUCCCGACAUCAUUGGGAAUGACUGGAAUAUAUCGGAUGUAAUGAUUUUCAUGAAAGACAUGGGAUUCGACGGAGGUGUCAAUCCUGUAGACAAGAUGUAUGCAUCGUUUCCAAACUUUCUGUUCUUUAACGCUUCCUUAGGAGGGCCACUCCUCUUGCCCUUGCUCCAAACUCAGUUCAAUAACGCGUCUCGCCUGAAUUAUGCCGCGACAGAAUUGGGUCAAAUAUUUCCGACGUCUGUUGACCCUACUUGGGUUGCAGAUGAGGCAGUAGACCGUAUGUGUGAUAUUGUCUACAGCCUUAUGCGACAAUUGACCUUUGCCUAG